GCAAUUAUCAAAUACGUCGUAGGUAGAGAAGCUGUUCCUUCUACCACCACAACCAACAACCCAACCACCACAGUCACCAGAACUGCUGGUAGUAUAUUCAUAUCCUCCAAAACAAUAUCCAUUUACACCUUCAUUGCCCGUCGACACAGCGCCCUUCUCAACGCCGCGCCCGUCGCGUUCGUGCGGCUACUGUCCUGUGCGCUUCCUCAUCCCGCCCCCCGCCAAACUUCCACUGCAAAACGUCACCACAUCCGAAAACCUAGACUUCACAAACAGGAACCAUUAAACAUACCAUCCGCCUCUGUCUGAAUCUCAAUUUCAAUCUCAAAACCUGAAAUUAAAACUGCCCAUUCGACUAUCGCCAUUGGCUACUUGUUCGUUUGCCCAACAUGUCGUUCUUCGGCUUUGAUACAACCCUGCCCAAGGACAGAGGUCAUUCAACCAAUGCUCCAGGCUUUGGACAAACCCCAGAUGCCUUUGCCGGUUUCCGUGGAGGGGCUCUCGAUGAAGAUGAUGCUCUUGACUUCGAAGAGACCUACGAUGGCCUAGGUAAUCAGCUUCUCGAAACUGGCGAUGAUUUCAACGAUGAGACUUUCGGCGACGGACCUGCCACGCAGCAGUCCGUCGGACGUGACUUUGACUUCGCUGGUCAGACAUCCCAGAUUGCGGGAACGAUGCAGGAGGAGCAGAUGCUGUUCGAAGCACGCAAUCAGCGCGCGCCUCGCCAGCAGAACACAUUCGUCCCGCCCCCUUCAAAGCCCGCUCGAACUGGCUACGAGAACUACAAGGAUCCUGAAUACAUUCCACAGCUAGAAGCACGUGCGGAUAUCUGGGGUCUUGCACCAAAAACCUCCACCAAGCAGCCCGAAAACCAUGCUCCUCCGGCCUCAGCGCGGAAGAUGCUUAGUCUGGAGGAGGUCGAAGCCCAGCUGCGUGCUCAAUCUCUGGGUCAAGCAGCUAUGCAGCCAGUGCAAAGCAGUCCCAGCCAAGCUCCGAUCCAUAUGCUCCAGCAUCAGCACCAACAUCAACUCCAGCAGCAGCACCAACAGCAGAUGUCGCAUCAGAUGCACCAGCAGAUUCCCUUCAACCAAGGGCAAUAUCCUGGUCCUCCGGGGCCCUUCGCCCCUCAAAUCCUGCAGCGGCCCCAGCAGUCUCCCCAAGUUCCCCAGGCCGCUGUGAAUCGAGCGCCACCACCGCAGCAGCAGCAGCAGCAGCAGCAGCAGCAUCGUGUUGAGCUACCAGCCCACCCAGCCCAGCAGCAGCCGUCUCAACCUCCAACUAUCUUGCAAAGGCCACAACAAGAUGGCCGAGGCCAGCAGAACAAGCAAGCGCAGCAGCAGGGCCCCCCACAAGGCCCUCCUUCCCAGCCACGACAAAUCCUCCAGAACCCCAACCGUUUGGCCGGACAAGGACAGCCGAUCUCCCAAGGAAGCAGCCCCAAUACACGUGGUCCAGCCCACGGACACAAUCGAGGACCAUCAUUCUCUGGUAUGGUGAUCACUCACCCGGAUCAGUUGCUCCAACUCUCCGAGCAAGAACGUGCUACUUUCCUUGAAGAAGAUGCGAAGCGAGCGAAGCGAAACCACAAGAUCGCGCUGCUAGCCAAGGACAAUGGGUUGAUGACGCCUCAGGACAAGAACUUCAUUACCAGGAUCCAGUUGCAGCAGCUAAUGUCAGCCACUGGAAACCUGGAAGAGAUUGGCUCCGAAGCGGCACUGGCUGAGGACUUCUACUACCAAGUCUUCUCCCAGAUCCGGGGUGCUCCCAGGCAAAACCCUCAUCAACCCGCGAAUCAGUUCGCACAAACGUAUCUGUUUCAAACCAACAGCCGAUUCGGCCCCGGCCGACGACAUGGACGCGGUGGUGAUAACCAUAUGCAGCGCAUGGAGCAGCAAGUCCAACGAGCUGUCGAAGCCGCAAAGACUAAGCCAAAGGGCAGGCAGCUUGUCAUUGAAGGCAGUCUUGGUAAGAUUGCCUUCAGCAAUGCAAGGACACCCAGACCGUUGUUGAACAUCAAGAGAAGCGAGGCGGGAGACAAGCACGCCAAGCAGCACAAGCCAUCGAUUGCCGAUCGCAAGGAGGUUCUACGGAACAUUGAGGCUGUAUACAUCACCCUUAUGCAUAUGGAGGAUCACGAGCGUGCAUUGCCACCGCCUAUCAACGAGAACAGCGACCCUGAGGCAAUCCAGAAGCAUAUGGAAUGGCGUAGCAAAAUCGAAGAGUUGCACGCACAACUCUGGCAAAACAUCAAGAUAAUGGAGCCAAUCAACCCUUCAUCUCACGUGCCUCAUCCCUUUAUCGCGAUCUUGUCGCAUGCCAAGGGCAAGAAGGCCAUUCCCCGCAUCUUCCGCCAUAUUGAUGAGCAGGAGCGUAUCACGGUGGUCACCAUGAUCGUUGUCCAUCUGGAUAAUCUCUCGGUCGUUGCCAAUGCCAUUGCAUCGCCCGACGAGCCGUUGUCCUCGGCAGUCCGCGAGGAGGUGGAGCUAUUCACACACUCGGUUAUGCCACCUCUAUUUGCACACAUUUCUGACUCUCCCUUGAACAUUGUCAUCGGUCUUCUCGGAUUGAUUCUCGAUCGAACUAAUCUGCAUAUUGUCUCUCGUAGCAAGAUUGGUAUGUCGCUUCUCACCAUCCUCAUCUCUCGCGCCGAGCUGCUCAAGCAGUCAGCUCCCGAGGUGAACCCACAAGAGUGGGAGCAAUGGACCAAUCUGUACAACCGCUUGUUCGAUGCCGUUGAGCCUGUGCUCCCACUGCUCUUCCCCGGAUCUGUAAAUGACACGGACGACAUGUAUGUCUGGCAAUUCCUCGCCGCCAUGGGAGUUGGAGCCAGCCCAGAUCAGCAGCAGAGGCUCGUACUUGGUGUCAAGGAUCGCGUUAUGGAGACGGUGACCGUCAGCAAAGCCCUUCCGGCCGAGAUGGCUGGAGCCAGAUUGUCAAACGUGAACCUGUUUAUGAGGGCCAUUGGCCUGGAUGUCGAGCUUCUCGGAUGAAAGGGAUCAAAUGGAUUACAACAGGCUUGAAGGCUGUCCACAAACUGUUUUCACCAAGCUCCACCAGCGGCGCGCACGCUUCGACAGGCGAUUGUUGGAAAGGUUAACCAUGCCUAGCGUCAUGGACCGACAUGGCUCGGUCCCUCGUCUAAGAGCAGUGUCGACGAUGAUGUCUAUUCGCUGCCUUUGACGUGGAGAGAAGGCAAGAUGACAUGGCGAGGCAAACGGUGUGGUACGUCGUUGAGGAAGGCAACAGAGAGAUUGUCAGGCUGCCAGUCUCGUUAUCAUAUAGUACAGACACUGGUAGCAGAGGAAGUGUUCCAAUUAUUGUUUCAAUUAGUUAUUUAUUCACGUCAAAAAGCGUUUCAAAUUCGAUGAAUGCAAUU